GCCCAUGUGUUAAAGGCUGGGUGUGCAGCAUGUAGUACUAGGUGAGGGCUGGUGGGAAGAAGUCACUCAAAAGUACCCUGACCCUUCGUUCCUCUGUUCCUGCACCUCAGUUUAUGUGAGGUAAGCAGCUUUCUCCAACAGAACUUCCUCUCUCCUCAAAGGCCCAGAGCAGCCAGGCCAACCACCGACCAAGAAUUAUAACUGCUGAAACUGGCUUCACAGGCUCUCUGCUGGGUCUGUAUCCUGGGACUAGAGACCCACCAUGAAGGCCUGGGGUGUCCUCUGGACCGUGCUUGGACUGCUGUUGUGGCCAGAGCCAGGGACAGCCUCCUCCUUGCCCCUGGUCAUGGACUCCAUCAUCCAGGCCCUUGCUGAACUUGAGCAAAAGGUACUGGUGACUGAGGCCAGCAUCACUGCCUCUGCAUGGAUUCUGUCAGCCAAGAACUCCAGCACCCACAAUUCCCUUCACCAACACCUGCUGCUGAAGGCACCAAGCCACAACACUACAGAGCCAGAUCCUCACUCACUCAGCCCAGAGCUUCAAGCCCUGAUUUCUGAGGUGGCCCAACAUGACGUACAGGAUGGGCAGGAAUAUGGAGUGGUGCUGGCCCCUGAUGGCUCCACUGUAGCCGUGAAGCCUCUGCUGGUUGGGCUAGAGGCCAGUCUACAGGGGCACAGUGUUGCUAACUUACCUUCAGAUUGCCAGGCCGUCCCCUGUGAUGCUGGAAACACCUCGACCAAUAUUGGAGCCACCUGGCCAGGACUCAUGGAUGCUUUUACAAAUGCCUCUUCUCCAGAUGUUGAAGCCACUUUACCAAAUGACAAAGCCAAGAUUCCCACCACUAUGGACAGACUCCUGGCAGUCACCUUGGCUGGUGAUUUAGGUCUGACCUUCCUCCACAGGUCCCAGACUUGGAGUCCUCCAGGCCUGGGAACUGAAGGUUGCUGGGACCAGCUUUCUGCCCCCAGGGUCUUCACACUAUUGGACCCCAAGGCGUCCAGGCUCACCAUGGCUUUCCUCAAUGGUGCCUUGGAUGGAGCUCUCCUUGGGAACCACUUGAGCCAAAUCCCUACGCCCCACCCACCCCUCAGCCACCUGCUGAGAGAGUACUAUGGAGCUGGGGUGAAUGGAGAUCCGGUGUUCCGGAGUAACUUCCGAAGGCAGAAUGGGGCUUCUUUGACUUCAGUCCCUACCCUGGCCCAGCAGGUAUGGGAGGCCCUAGUCCUGCUACAGAAACUGGAGCCAGGACAUCUACAGUUGCAGAACAUGAGCCAAGAGCAACUGGCUCAGGUAGCCACCUUUGCUACCAAGGAGUUUAUUGAGGCUUUCUUGGGAUGCCCAGCCAUUCACCCCCGCUGCCGCUGGGGAGCGGCUCCCUACCGAGGCCACCCAACGCCACUCCAGCUGCCACUCGGAUUCUUAUAUGUGCAUCACACAUACGUGCCAGCACCACCCUGCACCACCUUCCAGAGCUGUGCCGCGGAUAUGCGCUCCAUGCAGCGUUUCCACCAGGAUGUGCGCCACUGGGAUGACAUCGGCUACAGUUUCGUGGUAGGCUCCGACGGCUAUGUGUACCAGGGCCGUGGCUGGCACUGGGUAGGUGCGCACACGCGCGGCCACAACUCCCUCGGCUUCGGUGUGGCCUUCGUGGGCAACUACACUGGGACACUGCCCAGCGAUGCUGCGCUGAACACGGCGCGCGACGUGCUCCCGAGCUGCGCAAUUCGCGCAGGUCUCUUGCGGCCAGACUACAAGCUGCUCGGCCACCGCCAGCUAGGGCACACCGAUUGCCCCGGGAACGCGCUCUUCAACUUGCUGCGCACCUGGCCCCACUUCACAGUGGUUGAAAACUAAGAACUCCUUUGAGAGACCUUUGAGGAUCCAGGAGGUACUAUCCCUGAUGACCCUUUGAGCAACCACAGACUUCCAAUAAAGGGACCAUGGAAAGGA